AAGUUAAUAAAUAGAGAAGAAAAAGACGUUACAAAGAGUAAGAUUCUGGGCGGGAGCGAUGGUGUCUUUAAAUGGUAAGGAUCCUGCUAUGCAUGGCAGAUAGCGUGUGUUAAAGUUUGAUGCCUCUGGAAACAGUGAGUCAUAAGAUAGCAUUAUCGAAUGACGAUGAGCACUAUACAAUCGACGCCAGGAAGCUCAGGGUAUUUGGAUUUGUUUCCUGACCGAAAAAUGUCAUUUUUUAAGAACCCUUAUAUUCUCGGACUAACUGCAGUUGCUGGCAUUGGUGGCAUGCUUUUUGGCUACGACACAGGUGUGAUAUCAGGAGCCCUUCUAUAUAUUAAAGAUGAUUUUGAAGGGGUUAGACAAAGUAAUUUACUUCAGGAAACAAUAGUGAGCAUGGCAAUUGCAGGUGCAAUAGUUGGAGCAGCAGGAGGAGGAUGGAUGAAUGAUGCUUAUGGAAGAAAGAAGGCGACUCUGAUUGCAGAUGUGAUAUUUAUUAUGGGAGCAAUUGGGAUGGCAGCUGCACCAGACCCUUAUCUUCUGAUUCUGGGACGUUUUCUCGUUGGUAUGGGUGUCGGGGUUGCCUCUGUUACCUCUCCUGUCUACAUUGCAGAAGCAUCUCCAUCCGAAAUCAGGGGAUCACUAGUCAGCACUAAUGUUCUCAUGAUCACUGCUGGCCAGUUCCUUUCCUACAUCGUUAACCUUGCUUUUACUCGUGUCCCCGGCACCUGGCGAUGGAUGCUCGGUGUCUCUGCCGUCCCCGCCAUUGUUCAGUUUCUUCUCAUGCUUUUCCUCCCCGAAUCCCCAAGGUGGCUCUUCAUCAAGAAUAGGAAAAAUGAAGCUGUUCAUGUGCUCUCUAACAUCUAUGACUUUGCUCGCUUAGAGGAUGAAGUUGAUUUUCUAACCACUCAGUCUGACCAAGAGCGCCAACGAAGAAACUCUAUCAAAUUCGGGGAUGUUUUUAAAUCUAAAGAAAUCAAACUUGCAUUACUUGUUGGAGCUGGCCUGCAGGCUUUCCAGCAGUUCACAGGAAUAAACACAGUGAUGUACUACAGCCCUACCAUUGUCCAAAUGGCUGGCUUCAACUCUAAUGAGUUGGCUCUUCUGCUGUCCCUCGUAGUUGCUGGCAUGAAUGCUGUUGGAACCAUUCUUGGCAUUUACCUAAUUGACCAUGCUGGCCGCAAAAUGUUAGCCCUUUCUAGCUUAGGAGGAGUAUUUGCAUCUUUGGUCGUCUUGUCUGUCUCAUUUUUGAACCAAUCAUCAUCAAAUGAAUUAUAUGGAUGGCUUGCAGUGUUGGGUUUAGUCCUAUACAUUGCUUUUUUCUCUCCUGGAAUGGGGCCUGUGCCAUGGACUGUGAACUCAGAGAUAUAUCCUGAGGAAUAUAGAGGAAUUUGUGGGGGCAUGUCAGCUACUGUGUGUUGGGUUUCAAAUCUGAUCGUGUCUCAGAGCUUUCUUUCCAUUGCUGAAGCUAUAGGGAUAGGUUCCACUUUCUUGAUUCUUGCUGCUAUUUCAGUGCUUGCCUUUCUAUUUGUGCUUUUAUAUGUUCCAGAGACCAAAGGAUUGACCUUCGAUGAAGUAGAACUCAUAUGGAAGGAGAGAGCUUGGGGCAACAACACUGACUCACGAAACCUUCUUGCAGAAAAUCAACCUUAGCCCUUAGUAGUCUAUUUGAUCCAGUACCAUGUUUCGCCAUUUCUUAAUUAACUACAGCAUAUUUCAUUCCAUGUAUACACAUUAAUUAUCCCACGAUUUUAUUGGGAAUAAGGUGGAUGCCUGUAUGUGUUUUCUAGCUCUCAUAUAUUUGGUAUGACUUUUUGGGCUUA